AUGGCUAGUACUCUCCGCCUAACCGGGUGGGAGUGCCGUUGGACUCGGCCGUUCCUAGCAUUUUUACCAGUAGACAUUAUGCAGCAGUGGACAGUUGAGCACCGCGUUUUAAAACGGGUCACCGUGUACAAAGCGACACAAAUUUGUUUUAGGGGAUUCCCGCCAUGCGGCGAUGCACGGCUGCACACCGUUGGGAUGGAUGACGUUAAGCGGAAAAAAACCGAAGGCACGGACAUGCACAGCGUUACCGCAAAGGCAGUCGGCAUCAGCAGAGACCAUGCCAAGGUCAUCAACUACGCUAGAAUCUACGGUGCCGGCCAGAAUUUCGCCGAAAGGUUACUGAAACAGUUCAAUCCGACCAUGUCGGAGACCGAAGCGAGAAGCAAAGCGCGGAAAAUGUUCGACAUGACCAAGGGAAAGAAGUUUUAUUAUCUGACGCGGGAGUAUGUACAUGAAUUUGGCGAUCAUCCGUUCACGAAAUGGCAAGCUAUGGAACUGGCCAAGGCGCACGGGAAAAAAGUGUCGGAGAUGUUUGAAACGUCAAAGUGGGUCGGAGGCACCGAAUCCGCCAUGUUCAACAGACUGGAAGAGAUUGCGAACAGCGACAGGCCUACCACUCCAUUUUUAGGUAUAUGUAUUAAUUAUUUUUGUAAAUAUACUAAGUGA